AUGAAGAUGCCUCCGAACCUGCGUAACGUGCCGGGCCAGGAUAUCAGGAUGUCGUUUGCAGACGUCUUCAAGAGCAGCAAGGUGCUCAAGGCAGAGAGGGAUAUGGUAGCCAGGAAGUACCAGUCACUGGCAGCUAACCCAAACAAACAGCGAGAGCAGUUGAGAGCAGAGAAUAAGAGACUGGCUGACCUUCACGCAGCAAUGGCACAGUUAACCACCAACAACGGACGGCAGCCCAAGGCGAACAGCACUCCACCGGCUCCUCCACCAGCUCCGCCGCCUCCCAUCGUUCUACCGCCAGGAGUGGUACCACCAAGCGUAGUACCGCGGAAUAACGAAGCCAGGAGCUGGACAGACCAAGACAAUGAACAGCUGAUGAAGCUGAAGCAGGACAACACCAGCUGGAGAGCAAUAGCAGUAGCUAUGAAAUGGCCUGUCCACGAGCUGAAGGAGCGCUGGCGAGCCAUCAAGCCAGAACCACCCGAGGAACCAAAGCCAGAAAAGGGAGAAGUCAAGACAGAGAGCCCUGAAAAUAAGAAAAAGGUUGCCUUUACGGAGUCUACCAAGGAGAAGAAGACGAGUAAAGAAAGCUCCAAGAAGGUGAUGUGUUAUACGGACGAGUCUCUAAGCAUGGAGGAAGCCAUACUGCUCAACAAACUAGCGGACAAGUACAACAAGGAGAUGUGGCUACGCAUCAGCUCCAAAUUCUUUGACAAGACAGGCAAAAGGCUAGAUCCAGAGGAAGCCAGACGGCACAUCCGACCAUCAUAG